AUGUCUAACGCAGAAGACAGAAUUGCCAGAUUAGAAGCGUUAGUAGAGAAGCAGUCGAAGUUAAUUGCUACGACAGGGCAGAGGCUCUUGGAGUUACAGGUGCACGAUGUCAAACUGAAAAUGUCGCAAAUACUGUCCCUGGAGGGGCAAUCGUCAAAACUAGACUCCGAUGAGUUUAUCACCAAUGAAGAUGUUGUCCAGCUAGUGACCGAGCUCCAGACUCAGCUAGAUUUUUUAGAGGAUAGAUCUAUGCGUCGUACACAUAAUUCGACCUUGAAAGAAGACACUGAGAAGUUGGCACCAUUGAGUAACCGGGAUGGCGAUUUUCCUGAGUUUCUGAUACCAAUUACAUUUGGAGACUUUAAGGCGUUGUCGAAGGAGGGAGUUUUGAGAAUGGGGUUAUUUUUUGAGAUAAUUUUGCCUUCCGAGGGCGAGAUACUGGAGACUCUUUCAAAGAGCACUGACACCAAGAACGAUCUUAUCAACCUAGCCAAAAACAAGGAUAUAUCGGAACUCAUGAAUAAUUUCGAUGAUGAGCAAGUUGACGAUGUUUAUGAUGAAUUGGCAAGAUAUUUUGGGAUCAAGCAUCGUAGGCGAGCUGAUGGGUGGUGA